AUGGACACAGAGAACAGCCACAAGCUAGCAAUCAACCUUCUUUCGCUCGGUAUACACCCAAAGGAUUACUCAGUUGAUUGGGAAGGUCUGAAAACUACCCUUUGGAACAAAGAUUUCAUCAAUCCUAUCGGUUUAGCUGCUGGUUUCGACAAGCACGCUGAAGCUAUUGAUGGCUUGUUCGAUCUAGGCUUCGGUUUCGUGGAAGUUGGUUCCGUCACCCCAGAACCUCAGUCAGGAAAUGAUAAACCGCGCAUGUUUAGAUUGUCUGAAGAUGAGGCAGUCAUUAACAGGUACGGCUUCAAUUCAGUUGGCCAUAUGACAGUCCUAGCAAGGUUAAGGCAUAGAUUGAAGAAGUUCGUCACAAAUAAUUCAGACACAGAUACCACCAACCAACUUCUUCAAUCUGGUUUGUUCAGCGCUGAUGAAACUAUGACUCACUUCGACACUCCUGCUUCAUUGCAUAAAGGUAGAAUUCUUAGCUUGAACCUCGGUAAAAACAAGACUACCGCUGAAAACGAUGUUAGCGAUUACGUGAAAGGCGUCAGAAGACUUGGUCCAUUCGCUGACAUGUUGGUUAUUAAUGUCAGCUCACCAAACACUCCAGGAUUGAGAGGUUUACAAAGGAGAGGUUUGUUAGAGGAGCUUCUUUCGAGUGUGGUUGGUGAACGUAAGACUCUUAAGAAUCAUCUUCCAAUCCUUGUAAAAGUUGCACCAGAUCUCGGCCUUGAAGAGUUGGAAGAUGUUGGAUUGGCAGCCAAGAACGUCGGUAUUGAUGGCGUUAUAGUUAGUAAUACGACACUUGAUAGACCUUCAACACUCAAAUCUGAAAACAGUAAUCAAGUUGGUGGAUUGAGUGGUAAACCUUUAUUAGAAAAGUCUGUCAAAGCGUUAAAGGAGCUCUACAUUUCUACAGAUGGUCAAGUCCCUCUAAUAGGAUGUGGAGGCAUUUCUUCGGGCAAGGAUGCUCUUAAAUUUGCUGGUGCAGGUGCAUCACUAGUUCAACUGUACACUUCAUUAGGAUAUGAAGGUGUAGGAUUACCUAGGCGCAUUAAAGAUGAGAUUACUCAAGAGUUGAAGUCACAAGGUAUUGCUUCUUGGCAAGCUGUUGUUGGUACAGAUGCCCUCGCUGAAUUGACCCGUAAAAGAUGGGAAAGAGGCUACUCAAUUGCCAUUUCAACGCUCACCAAAGAGGUAGAGAGCUUGAUUGAGCGUGCAAAAAGCUUAGCAGAUGGUUUCAACGAGAAUGAUGAUGGGGAGAAGGUCAAGGAGGUAGUGAAUGAGAGUUUAGAAAAAGCUAAGGAGGUUAAAACACGACUUGUGUAG